AUGAUAGAUGGUGCAUGCGGCCCGACAAUACAUACUGAGAGGCCAGAAAGCACAGGUGCACACGAAGGAGUGCCUAACAAUGAUUGCAUGAAAAUCACCGAAAGCUCAACCAUCAUAUUCAAAGACGAGCAUACAUUCUUCAACCCUGCGCAAAAGCUCAAUCGAGAUAUGUCCGUAGAGCUUAUAAGAGAAUGCUUCAGGGAUAAGGAAAGCUUUAGAGUCUUGGAUGCAAUGUCAGCAACCGGGCUGAGGGGAAUAAGGUAUUUGAACGAGAUACACAAUUCUGUGGUUUACAUGAAUGAUAUUUCAGAGUGCUCAGUGUCUGCAAUUAGGCAGAAUCUUGAGCUGAACGGAUUUACCGAGGUUGAAUCUUUUAUGUCUGAUAUACAGCAUAUCCGAGCAAGAAAGACAUCGAGAGCAAAUAUUGUGAAGGCAGACUGUAACUCACUUAUGGCAUUAUUGCCAUGCUUUUUUGAUGUGAUUGACAUAGAUCCGUUUGGAAGCUGCUCUGAAUAUAUUGACAAUGCAAUCAGGUCGAUCAAGCACAAGGGAGUGUUGUGCUUGACAGCAACAGACAAGGGCGUGCUAUGCUCGAAUGAGAAGAAAUGCCAGAUCAAGUACUCGACAAGGAUUCUUAGAGGAGUUGGCAUGAAUGAGAUUCCAUUGAGGACGAUUGUUUCGUUGGUAUCGAGACAGGCGUCUAAAUUUGGUUCGAGUGUUGAGCCAUUGCUUUCUGUAAGUGUUGAUUUCUAUGUCAGGGUGUUUGUCAGGAUUUUGAAGAGGAAUCCCAGGGCAGUGAUUGAUGACAAUCGGUAUGUUUUUGUCUGUAGAUGCCAAGGCACAGCAGUGAUUGAUGGGGAUGAGAUUUCAAGCACAUGCAGCAAUUGUGGGAAGAGUAUGAGGCUAUGUGGGCCGUUUUGGAAAGGGCAGUUACACGAUGCAGACAUUGUUCAGAAAAUGCUUGAGAGUGUAAGCCAUGGUGAGAAUAAAAGGCUGUUGGGACUACUGAGAUAUAUAAAGCAGGAGGCGCCUACUAUGCUAUACUACGAGUUGCCCUCGCUGUGCUCCAACCUGAAAAUCAACACGAUGAAGCGUGCAAAGAUGAUGAAUGCAUUGGCAAACAUGGGGUAUUUGGUGUCCUACACACACUGCGAGGUAAAUGCAAUCAAGAGCAAUGCACCUGUUGAAGUGGUUAACAAGAUUUUGCUAGCGAAUGAGUUGGGAGAUGCCGACAAGCAGAGGCAGAUGGGAGUGUGUUUUGAUGAAAACGAAUGUGUCAGAACAAUCGAGGAGACUGAGUUUUUCAAGGGAAUGAUGUGCUCGGGAAUGGGGCCUCUUGGCCUUCCGAAAAGAAAUACAAAAAAUUGCUGA